AUGCGGCGUGGCCAAGCACGUGACCAAGCACGUGACCAAGCACGUGACCAAGCCCAACGACGGCCGUCCCGAGCCAAGGCCUCCCGGCCAGAGCGAAUGUGGAGGGAGACGGACAUCGCGGUGGUGGGCAUGGCCUGCAAGACAGCCGGGGCGGACGACGUGGACGAGUUCUGGGAGCUUCUGGUCAAGGGCCAGUCGCAGCACCGCGACAUCACCACGUCCGCCCGCUUUUCCUUUGACGACACCCCCUUUCGCACGACAGGCGGACAGGGCAGCCACGGGCAACGCAAAUGGUUUGCCAACCUCUUGCAGGGCCAUGACCAAUUCGACCACCGCUUCUUCAAGAAGAGCGCGCGGGAGAGCGCGGCCAUGGAUCCCCAACAGCGACAGCUGCUGCAAGUGGCCUACCAAGCCGCCGAGCAGGCAGGCUACUUUGCACGCCCGCCCAGCGAGCGCGACGCCAACAUUGGCUGCUUUGUGGGCGUGUGCGUGGGAGACUACGCGUCCAAUGCCGCCUGCCACGCUGCCAACGCCUUCACGGCGACCGGCAACCUGCAGGGCUUUGUGGCCGGCAGGCUGGCCCAUUUCCUGGCCUGGACGGGGCCAGCACUCACCAUCGACACGGCGUGCAGCUCCUCGCUGGUGGCCGUGCAUCAGGCAUGCAACGCACUCCUGGCGGGUGAAUGCAACGCGGCGCUGGCGGGCGGCACGCACGUCAUGACGACGGCCGCCUGGUUCCAAAACUUGGCCGCCGGCUCCUUCCUCAGCCGGACGGGGCAGUGCAGGCCCUUCGAUGCCGCCGCGGAUGGCUACUGUCGCGGCGAGGGCGUCGGGGCGGUCCUGUUGAAGAAGCUGAGCCAGGCGAUGGCGGACGGGGACCCGGUGCUGGGCGUCAUCGGGGCCACGGCCGUGCAGCAGAACCAGAACGGCACGCCGCUCUUCGUGCCCAACACACCUUCGCUGUCGGCCCUCUUCGCCACCGUCGCCGCCAAAGCACACGUCACGCCGGCCUGCAUCUCCGUCGUCGAAGCACACGGCACCGGCACCGCGGUCGGCGAUCCGGCCGAGUGGGCCAGCAUCCGGCAGGUCUUGGCCGGGCCGAACCGCCCGCCCGAGCCUCCGCUCAUGGUGAGCUCCACCAAGGGGCUCGUCGGCCAUCUCGAGUGCACGUCUGGCAUCAUCAGCCUGGUCAAGGUGCUGCUCAUGCUCAACAAGCGCGUCCUGCCGCCACAGGCGAGCUUCGACACCCUCCAUCCGGCGCUCCAUGCACAGCCCAGUGACCACAUGUUCGUGCCGCGCCGUGCACAGCCAUGGGCGGCCGACUUUCGCGUCGCCCUCGUCAACAAUUACGGCGCCUCGGGAUCCAAUGCGUCUCUGGUUGUGAUGCAGGCACCGGCCUUGGACACCGUUGGCCGCGCUCCUGUGCCGGCUACGGCUACGGCUACGGCUACGGCUACGGCUACGGCUACGGCUACGGCUACGGCUACGGCUACGGCUACGGCUACGGCUACGGCGCCUCCAUCAGACCCUCACCGGAGGCGGUACCCGUUUUGGCUCAGUGGGUUGGACGCAAGCAGCCUUGGUCGUCGCGCCCAGGCCUUGAGACGCUUCCUUGCACGCUUCACCAACCCAUCUGCUUCUCCUUCUGUCUCUUCCUCUCCCUCCCUUGCCAGCCUAUCUUACCAUCUUGCCCGUCAGAGUGACCGUACUUUGGAACAAUGCAUCACCUUCACCGCUGCCAAUCUCACCGAGCUGGAUCAGCAAUUGGCCGCGUGCGACAAGGGCCAUGGCAUCACGCCUGCUACCUCUGUCAAAAGCGCUGCGUUGGACCAGACGAUUGUCCUCUGUUUUGGCGGUCAACUAUCGACUCACAUUGGCCUUGACCCCGAUGUCUACAACAGCGUUGGCCUAGUGCGUAGACACCUCGACCAUGUUGACACUGUCAUCCGCUCGCUAGGAUACGAGUCUAUAUUCCCGGCCAUAUUCCAACGUGACCGUGUAGCUGAUACUGUCCAACUUCAGACGAUGCUCUUUGCUCUGCAGUACGCCUGUGCCCAAGCCUGGAUGGAUUCGGGCAUCCGCCCAACAGUAUUGGUCGGUCAUAGCUUUGGCGAGCUCACUGCACUCUGUACAGCAGGCGUACUGUCUCUGGAGGAUACUGUCAAGAUGAUUGCCCGUCGAGCUGCCAUCGUACGAGAUUCCUGGGGUCCUGACCAAGGAGCCAUGAUGGCCGUCCAAGGCGAUCUUGGUGUCGUGCAGACACUUCUGUCUGAAGUCAACAGCAACCUUUCGGGCGCACCUGUGAGUAUUGCGUGCUUUAAUGGACCGCGAAGCUUUACCAUUGCUGGUCCCACCCAUGCUAUCGAUGCGGUCGAUGUUCGGCUUCAUGCCCAACCCAGCAGAACCAUCAAAAGUCGAAGACUGAACGUAACAAACGCAUUCCACUCUGUGCUCGUAGAGCCAAUUCUUCCCCUCCUUGAAAACAGUUGCGAAGACUUGGUUUUUCGCAAGCCUGUGAUCCCUCUGGAACGAGCUCUAAGCACGGCUGAGCCAAAUUGGUCAACAAAAUCAAUUGCACAUCACAUGCGCGAACCUGUCUACUUUCACCACGCUCUAGAACGUAUAAUACACCGUAAUCCCCUUUCUCAUCACCUCUUUCUCGAAGCAGGCACAAACUCUACCAUCACGGCCAUGGCUUCACGGGCGUUGGACGGUUCAAUUACAAAGGGAUCCAGCACAUUUCAUGGACUCAAUAUAGCCAAUACUUAUGAUGGUUGGAAUAAGUUGACUGAGACCACAAUGUCCCUCUGGAAGGCUGGUAUGACCGUCCAGCACUGGGCGCACAACGCAAGACAGCGGCGAUACCAUACACUUAUGGAGCCUCUACUUCUACCACCAUACCAGUUUGACCCAAACGCGCGACACUGGAUGGAUUUAAAGUCCUUCCCUAAAGAACUUGCGGAAUCAAAAGACCUCGACUCCAAAAAUGACAAUGACAAGCAACCGGAAGGACUGUUGAUAUUCUUUGGCUUCCUAGAUGGUUCAGCCCAGAAGCGGGCCCAAUUUCUCAUCAACACGACAAGUGAGGAAUACAACUCUCUUCUCUCCGGACACCUGACCAUACAGACGGCGCCCAUAUGUCCUGCUACCAUACAAAUAUCUUUUGUGAUUGAAGCUAUUGGUACAAUCCGACCUCAACUCCGGGACCAGCAUGAGCCGCAGAUGCAAGACGUCCAGUACCGAUCUCCCGUUUGCGCGAACUCGUCGCGCAAGACAUGGAUUGAGAUCGACAAUGACACAGCAGGAUCACUUGAGUGGCAGUUCGAGGUUUUCAGUACCGAGAGUCAUCAUCAGUCGCGCACCAUACAUACGACUGGAAAAAUUGUGUUCGGCCAUGGAAGCGAUGCGACAAUACGUCGUCAGAUCGUUCAUUUCGAGCGGCUUUUUGGUCACCAUCGUGCGGUCAAUCUUCUGCAGAGCGCCGAAGUCGACGAGAUACUCACCAACCGAAACAUAUACCGCAUCUUCUCCGAGAUUGUUGAAUAUGGCGAAGAGUACCGCGGACUGCAAAAGAUGGUCGCAAAAGGGCAUGACUCAGCAGGUCAUGUUGUCCGUAAGAAGCCAACACGUGAACGGACAGCUUGGUUUGACGCCCACCUCGCUGAUACAUUCUGCCAGCUAGGCGGUCUGUGGGUAAACUGCAUGACGGAUCGAUCUCAGAGCGACGUAUAUCUUGCGAACAGUAUCGAUCAAUGGAUCCGCUCACCCCGUCCAACACGUACACCAGGAUCAAUGACCGAAGCGUCUACGGAGUAUCACGUCUUUGCAACACAUCAUCGUCCGUCCGACAAGCUCUCUGUAACUGAUGUCUUUGUUUUUGAUGCUAAAGUCGGUGCCUUGGUAGAGGUCAUUCUCGGCAUCACAUACGUCAAAAUACCCAAGCAAUCCAUGCAAAAGAUGCUCACCCGCUUGACUGAGCCUGGAUGGCUGAAAGGUCCAGCUGCAAAUUCAGCUGUACUUAGCCCUAUCCAUGCACCGAUUCCUCCCAGUGUUCCAAAGAGCCUCAACCUGCCCUCCGCCCACGCGCAGAUCCCAGUGCUAUCGCCGCGGGAACCUAGACCCUCUGAUGAAAGCCAACCACCCCAGCUAGCCGACCAUACUCUUCAAGAUGACCUUAGAGAGAGAGUAAAAGCCGUCAUCGCAGAUCUGUCGGGGGUGGAAGUCACUAAGAUUGACGACAAUUGCGAACUCGCAGACCUGGGUAUCGAUUCGCUAGCCGGCAUGCAGAUGGUGCAUGAGAUUGAAGCAGCUCUACAGGUGACACUCCCGGAGCACGAGGUUCUAGUCGUAGUCACCAUGCGUGACCUGAUGAAAGUCGUGACUGGAGUAAUAGGAACGGAUUUCGAUGCGAACGACAGCUCCUCCUUAGAUAAUGAUGUGCCCAGCAUCGCGUCUUCUUCCAAUAUGGCUAGAGUCCCUACCAAUGUAACAACGCCGGCACCUCGGUCAGAUGUGGAUACGGACGAAUAUCAAGCCAUUGAUCCACACGAGCUUAAAAUGCCACAAAGCAUUGUCCUAGAAGCCUUUAACGAGAUGAAGGAGCUCACAGAUGAGCACGUGCUGAACAUGGGUCAAGAACAUUACGUCUCUGACGCCUUACCUCUACAGAAUGAACUUGCAGUGUCCUUGACACUCGAGGCAUUUGACGGACUGGGAGCUGGCCUUCGACAUGCUCGGCCGGGCGAACGACUCUCACGCAUAGCCCAUGACAAGGACCACGCAUCCUUUGUGGACUAUCUAUAUGAUAUGCUGGAGUCGGAAACACAGAUCAUCAAGAUAGAUGGCGAUAUCAUCACCCGUACUGCGAUUCCAUUGUGGCAAAGAAGCAGUGCAAACGUUUAUGAAGAUCUUCGCCAACGGUUCCCAGAUCAGCAUUCUGCCGAUGAGUUAACGUAUUAUGCGGGCAAACACUUACAACAAGUGCUGUCGGGUGAGACGUCGGGCGUGAAGCUUAUCUUUGGUACCGCUGAGGGUCGCAAGCUCGUCAGUACUUUCUACGGCGAGUGGCCGUUGAAUCGGGUGCUCUACACACAAAUGGAGGACUUCUUCACACGAAUGGCCCAAAAGCUUCGAGCUAUCCAAGGCAAUAGACCCCUACGUAUCUUGGAGAUGGGAGCUGGCACCGGGGGAACUACCAAAAAAGUCGUACCUUUACUAGCGCAGUUGCAGAUGCCGAUCGAAUAUACCUUCACCGACUUGGCGCCAUCUUUCGUAGGCGCAGCGCGCAAGAAGUGGGGAAAAUUGUAUCCCUGGAUGAGAUUCCGAGUCCACAACAUUAAUAAAGCACCGGAAGAGGAUUUGGUCAACUCCCAACACUUUGUGCUUGCAAGUAAUGCCAUUCAUGCGACGUCUUCUAUCCGCGAGAGUACAAAGAAUGUACGCAAAUUUCUCCGUUCUGACGGAUUUCUUCUCAUGGGCGAGAUGACUAGGACUCCCUAUUGGGUUGAUAUAAUCUUUGGUCUCUUUGAAGGCUGGUGGUUGUUUGAUGAUGGUCGUCGGCAUGCUUUGACGCACGAGUCAAGAUGGGAGACGGACUUGCAAGCCGUGGGAUACGGUCGCGUGGAUUGGACCGAGGGCAUGAGGCCAGAGACUGAGAUUGAGAAGUUGAUAUUGGCUGCAGCUGAUUCGACGAAUUUGUAG